GGACGACAUUUCAACACAAUCUUGUGAUAACUUGUUGAGGCAAUUACCUUUGACUGCGUCUGACUGCACAAUCCAACUUGUCGUAUUGGAGAACAAAGCAGCUGUCAGCCUCAGUUAGGACCGGGAGCAAAUCACCGGCGCGAGCCCUUCUGUCAGCCAGAGGCCGUCUGAGCGCGAGCGGCAGGCAGGCAGGCCGGCCGCACUGCUAUCGCUCACGAGGCACUAAUUGAAAUGUUGCGGAUCAUAACCGUUAAAAACAAUUUUGCACACUUCAUUAAUUAACGUUUUAGAUGCGCUUUAACAGCAGCUGCUGGUCGACAGCGGGUACAAACGGAAAACUGCGAAUUAACACCAAAACUGCGAGCUGGAAACAUAUUGUGCUGCUUAUUAGGUUUCGACCCGUUAUUAUUGUUCAUAUGAGGCUCAUUUUAUGGUCCGAUAGGCCAACACACGGAGGGUUCAUAACAAAAAUAAAAAAAGAGGGAUGAGGGGGGAAUUAUGAUCAGAAGAGAGGAGGAAAAUAGUUUCAAUUAAAUUGAAAAAAUUAAUAUUACAAUUAAAAAAAUGUUUAUUUUCAUUUUAAAAUUAUGCUUCAUUUUCAGCACAAAACGAAAUAACUUAUCAAAAUUGUGAAAUGAGGUCUGAUUAAGUGUAUCAGGACUACUUUGUCUGGAACCGUAUUUACAUAAAGAAAAGACGGUUGAAUAAAGAAGCGAUUUACUGUGAGCUAUAUAAUUUGUGUGUUAUUAUAAUAAAAUCCAUCCACAUGCGGGCCAGCAUUUCCACAAGAAGGGGCCAUAUGUAGCAGGGAGUGUGUCUGAUUUCACUUAAUGCUGUGUGUUGGUAAUUACAUCAGGCUGGAGGGCCCUCUGACACCCCCUCUCCUCCCCAUUUUUCCCUCCCUCCUCCUCCCUCCCUGCGUGGAGCUGAUUGGUCGCAGGGAGGCAGACGGGACGGACACGGCGUUGUCCUGGUGACCCGGCCUCUGUGCGCUCUAGCCCGCUAUAAAGCCCGCAGCUUCACGCAGGCGUGCCAAAUGCACUGUCAGACACGAUCCGGAGUAACAAGUGGAUUUGACAUUUAGCUUUUCUCACCAUCGCGCUCGAAACUUCUCUUGCACUGUGCUGGACCAGGAACAUGGACUCAGAUACCAGCCGCGUGUCGAGCAGACCGUCCUCCCCCGAAGUUGACGACAUCUUCCUGGCCACUCUAAAGAAGUCCGUGCACGGUUUCUCCGGCGCUGUGUCCUCCACACAGAGCGACUCUCCGUCAGACAUCCCUUGCCUGCGCGGCCUCUCCUCCUCCGACGAGGAGACUCUACUCAGGCUCGCCAAGAAAGACCGUAAACUCUUGUCAGAGAACGAGCUGCAGACCAUCCGCCUCAAGAUCAACAGUCGCGAGAGGAAAAGAAUGCACGACCUGAACGUGGCCAUGGACGGGCUCCGGGAAGUCAUGCCAUACGCGCACGGUCCGUCUGUGCGUAAACUCUCCAAAAUCGCCACCCUGCUUCUGGCGAGAAACUACAUCCUAAUGCUGAGCAACUCUCUGGAGGAGAUGAAGCGGCUGGUGAGCGAGAUCUACGGCAGCAGCGGACAUCACGGCGGCUUCCACCCCUCAGCGUGUGCGACUAUGACGCACGCUGGACCCGUGCCGGGACAUCCUGUCGCUUCUCACGCUCCGCACCCAGCUGUGCAUCACCCGCUUCUCCCGCCAGCUGUCUCCUCCGCAUCUCUGUCCGCGCCCGGCCUCGCAGCUGUCACCUCGGUUAGACCCCAUCACGGACUCCUCAAAGCCCCCACUGCCGGUGCAGGGCCGCUGGGCAGUAGCUUCCAGCAUUGGGGCGUCGGCACCGGGAUGCCGUGUCCGUGCAGCAUGUGCCAAGUCCCGCCUCCGCAUGUCUCCAGCAUGAGCGCCGUCGCCAUGCCGAGGCUGACCAGCGACUCCAAGUGACUCCAAAGUAAACGGAGACGAACUUUUGGGGUUGUUACAGACUCUCUCCCCACAUUAUUACGACUUUUAUUUAUCUUUGUUGCGUCCAUGGAGCCAGUAAAGACCAAUGCAUUCAUUCUCCUCUCUGGGACUUUUGCUGUUUUUCAACUAACUUUAGUGUUUUAUGGUUAUUAACCUCAACUGUAACAGGUGUUUUCUCAACAAGCUCCUAAAGCACAACAUGAAUUCAGCUUUUACUGGAAUUCUUCAAAGGCCCGGGCCUUUGAGUCUGUUAUUUGAAGAUCACAUUAAAUAACCAGAGAUGAGUUUCUUCUGUGGGGCUGCAGGGGGAACACAGGUCCCAAAUCAAACCACAAAUGUAGAGUGUAAAUAUAUAGAUGGACUCUUCAGUUAAAAUAGUUGGAGAUAUUAUAUAUUAGAGUCUUGUUAAUGUGUGGGAAGACUCCCCCACCCCUCACAUGUUGCACCUGCUUUAUUCUAUCAGUCUCAUUCAAAGCUUCUCUCCUCUUGUUUUCUCCUCAGUAGGCUGUCGAUCUCUGCAAACGAUGACCACUUCUUUAUUUUUUUAAUGACAAAAAAAUGAAAUAUUUAUUUACUUAUUUUGGAGGGGGAUUUCAGACGAACCUCUGAUUAUGUUGGGAUUUAAAAUGUAAAAUAAAGAUGAUUAAUUGAAAAUA